CUGAAGCAUCAGACGUCGUCUCCAACGCCGUGGUCGUCGUCGCUACGACUACCGGCACAAACGGCCCAUAAUCUUCUAUUGCUCAGUGCUUUCCAACGCCAACUAGAGUGGAAUUGGAGAAGCCCCAUGGCCACUCAGAAGACUGGGUCACGACGAUCUAGGAAACGUCGGAAUAGCGAUACAAGUAGUGAUGGCGCUCCUCCAAUUCGUGUUCUUAGGUCGUAUGGUGUUGAUGAGAAGCUGGAAAUAAUUGAUUUUGCCAAAAACAAUGGUAAUAGAGCGGCUGGUAGAGAAUAUAAUGUUGCUGAAAGUUCCAUCCGUGAAUGGAGGAAAAAUGAGGAAAGGCUGAGGCAACAAGCUCAACAACAAACAUCACCAACCGUACAGAAGAUGAUGAUGGCUUCAGCUUUACGUGAUAUUCCUAAGUGCGAUGUUAGUAAAGUGCCACUUUCCUUGAAUAUUUCUCCCAAUCGACGUGAUUCUCCUUCAUCAGCUGACAACCAAGAAAACGAGGCUUCGCUUGGAGCAGCUUCUAGUCAUUCCAAUCACUCGGGAUCCCCAACUCUUUCUUUAUCCGGAAAUGAUUCAAAUCCAAUUCCCAUUUUCGGAUCAGGCCGUCGGAAAGCUAGACAGCCUCGAAAAAUAAUCUGCGUAGAACAAUAG